AUGCCGCCGCCACUGUCUGACCAGCUGGUCGGACAGUGGGAACCCCUCGCACCCAGCAACGCCCGUUUCCGAGGACGUCUGGAGACCCGGUUCUUGUGGAGCAGGCUUCACCGUCCCGGUUGGGGGAGUUUCUUCUUAGCAGAAGAUAUAUUCCGGCAGAGCCUUGCCAGCUUGCGCGGAGCAGAAAAGGCCAUCGACACAUCAUGCCUGCUCGCAAUCUUCUUCAAACUGUGGCGAUUCUUGCCUAGGGUGCUGAGGGGCGUAUCGCAGAGGCGUUUGCAGACGCGUGUCCUCGGCAAGUCGGUGUUCAUGCCAGUGUGCGUCGCUCCAACCGCUCUGCACAAGCUGGUGAAUGCAGAAGGAGAACUCGCCACGGCCAGAGCUUGCGCUCGAGCCAACACCGUGAUGGUGCUGAGUAUCUUCAGCACAGUGAGCAUGGAAGACGUGCGGAAGGCGGCUCCCAACUGCUCGCUGUGGCUACAGGUGUACCUUUACAAGAAUCGUAGCAUCACACGUUCUCAAGUGGAGCGGGCCGAGCAGCUGGGAUUUGGCGCCAUCGUCUUAACAGCAGACUCCCCGGUUAUCGGCAGUGUUGAGACAGAGGCUGAUGACUGGGAGUCGAGAGGCAUACGCUGUCCGAACUUCGACGAGUGGGGCAUGGAAGCGGCUAGGCCAGCCUUCUGGGACGCCGGUGCUACGUGGGAAGACCUCGAGUGGCUCCGAAGCAUCACAGAGCUGCCCAUCGUGGUAAAAGGAGUACUGCGCAGUGCGUGA